AUGACACAGUAUAAUUUCAUUAUAGAUGCUUCAGCUUUUGAAAAGGGUUUAGGCAACAUCAAGAGGUGGUGCUCUAAUUGUACAGAAACCGUGACUUUGAACUUUUAUAUUCCAACCUUUACUUUGAAUGAAUUGGAUUUCCUUCAACAGAGGCGUAAAAGUUUCGCUGCUCGCGAAUCCUUGAGGUUUAUUGACAGAUUAGAUGAUUCUAAUUUUCCUAAUUUUAAAGUCUUUAUCGAAUUCCCCGAAGUUUUAGAUAUUAUCUUAUGGUCAGAUGUUAUGGAACACAACGACAGUUGUGGAAAGGUGAAUAUUGCAAAAUUGCCCAAAAGAUUGAAGAAUUUGUUGAAAAGUUGUAUUUAUAAAUGCUACCUUGAAGGAAGUGAAGGGCUGCAUUGGUUUUUGAUUAGUGAGGAUCCCCAAAUUCGGGAAAUGGCCAUGCAGUGCAACAUUCCCUCCUGCUCGAUUGUUGACGUAGACUCAAUUUUGUCCAAAGACAUGAAUGACAAAUCAUUUAGAGAAAGUGAAAAGUUUAACAAUAUGAUGCUAAAAAAUGGCACUAAGGAAGAAAGUGAAACCGGUAGAGAAAUUAUUAGAACUAACUUCAAUAAAACAGUUUAUGCUUCAAGAGGAACUGGCGAACUGUGGUCUCCAUAA